AUGGCAGGCGGUCCCGUAGCAGCAGGUGGCGGCGUUGGUGGCUCUGGCGCCCCAAAGAACAAGCUUGCGGGUAUUCUGAUGACCACAUUCGCUGCCUUUGGUGGUAUCCUCUUUGGUUAUGACACUGGUGUUAUUUCGGGUGUCAAGGAAAUGAAGAAUUGGCUCGAAACUUUUGGCCAUCAAAAUCCAGAUGGAAACUGGGAUAUUUCGACAAGCAGCGAGUCGCUGAUUGUUUCUAUCUUGUCAGCUGGUACCUUCUUCGGUGCGCUCCUCGCUGCACCCAUGGGUGACAUGCUUGGUCGCAAAUGGGGUCUCAUCGCGGCUUGCUUGGUGUUCUGUGUUGGUGUCGCGCUCCAGACUGGUACUACCGGUGUUCCCGUCUUCGUCGUUGGUCGCGUAUUUGCUGGUCUCGGUGUUGGUAUGGUUUCUUGCUUGGUCCCCAUGUACCAAUCGGAAUGCUCUCCCAAGUGGAUUCGUGGUGCUGUCGUUUCUUGCUACCAAUGGGCGAUCACCAUCGGUCUCUUGCUCGCUGCCAUUGUUAACAACGCGACCAAGGACCGUCCCAACUAUACGUCAUGGCGUAUUCCCAUUGCCCUCCAAUUUGUUUGGGCUGCAGUCCUUGCCGGCGGCAUGUUUGUCCUUCCCGAAUCGCCUCGCUACCUCAUCAAGCGUGGACGUGACCAAGAUGCUCAAAAAGCCCUGGCUCGUCUCUUGUCUCUUCACCCCGAAGAUCCAGAAGUUGAGACCGAGUUGAACGACAUUCGGGCCAACUUGCGCGCUGAAGAAGAGCUCGGUUCUGGCUCGUAUGCCGACUGCUUCAAGCAAGGUCCCAACAAGAUCCUCACCCGUGUCAUGACUGGUGUCUUCUUGCAAGCAUGGCAGCAGCUCACCGGUAUCAACUUCAUCUUCUACUACGGCACCACGUUCUUCCAGAACUCGGGGAUCAAGAACCCCUUCCUGAUCACCAUCGCCACCAAUGUCGUCAACGUCGGCAUGACUGUCCCUGGUAUCUGGGCUGUCGACAGGGUCGGACGUCGCCGCUUGCUCCUCAUCGGCGCUGCUGGCAUGCUCAUCUGCGAGUUCUUGGUAGCCAUUAUCGGUGUUACGAUCUCUGUCGAGAACCAGGCUGGUCAGAAGGUCCUCAUUGCGUUCGUCUGCAUCUACAUUGCCUUCUUCGCCGCCACAUGGGGUCCUAUUGCAUGGGUCGUCACCGGCGAGAUCUUCCCUCUUGCGAUCCGUGCCAAGGCCAUGUCGAUGUCGACUGCGUCGAACUGGCUGUGGAACUUCGGUAUCGGCUAUGCGACUCCAUACCUUGUGAACGACGGACCUGGGAAUGCGAACCUGGGAGUGAAGGUGUUCUUCAUCUGGGGCUCUACCUGCGUUGGGUGCCUGCUGUUCACGUACUUCCUUAUCCCUGAGACGAAGGGACUGUCGCUGGAGCAGAUUGACAUUCUGUACCAGAACACGAACGCGAUCCACUCUGUUGCGUACCGGCGCCAGCUGAUUGCGGAGGACGUGCAUGCUGCGGACCCGGAGGCGAUUGCGCGUGUGACGUCGAAGUGGACCAGGAGCACGGGCUGCAUGGUCUGA